AUGGCAAGUGCACUCCCUGAGUCGAUCGCCAUCGCGAUCAACAUUGAUAAAGGAGAGUGUUAUGUAUGCCGCAAUGAGAUCAGAGGGUUGGUCCGGGGCGGAAGCGAGGGCCUGUUGAGCCCGCUCGUGAAGAUCCAAGUGGAGCCGGCAGAAGUAGACGACGAUCACGUGCACCUCCGAUUCACCCACAGCAACAGAUAUUGGCAGAAAAGGGAGGGCAAUAGCGACAUCGUGGCCGUCUCAACUAGGCCGGAUGAGGACAAGGAGAAUCUGACGUGCACGCUCUUCAAGCCGAGGGUGGAAUCCGAUGUGCUCUACUUGACCCACGCCCAAACCGGCCGGCCCGUGGUGUUUGACCAGUCCAGGGGAUUUCUCAGCCUCGACCGAAACGGUACCGGCUCGCCUAUGAGGUUCGUGGAUGCGGACACAUUGGUUAAACUGCCCAAGCACGUCGCUUUCAAGGCGGUCUACAACGGUUUCUUCCUCAAAGCCGAAUACUAUCGAGACUACACACUCUUCUCCAACCCCGUAGACUACAGAUACUUCCGCUUCAAUUCCUCCGAUCGGGACGAAGUUGCUUCCCGCUACGAGGUCAUUCCGAUGGAGGACGGGCAUGUGAUGAUAAAGUCCGAGUACUAUGGUAUGUUCUGGGUGCAAACCAAAAGUUGGAUUGCAGGGGGUAGUAACGACGUCGCUACGCCCAGCAACAAAUACGCUCUCUUCCGGCCCGUGAAGAUAAGUGACAAUGCUAUCGCGCUGAGAAGCGCGGCCAACGACAUGUUCUGCAAGGGCCUCACGCUCGACAACAAGUACGACUGCCUUAACGCGAACGACCCCAACAUGUCCAAAUACGCGCAACUGGAAGUGCACGAGCUGGUGAAGAAGAGAAUCAUCAGCAACGUGAUGUAUCGUAUGGACGACACCAGGAUAUACGACGAGAAGCCUUUAAUGGUGGGCCAGGUUUCGCUCGAAAACCCCUCGGAUCAGGAGGAGACCAUGACUGCGGAAGUCGAAUACAAAGAUGAGAAAUCCUACUCUUUUAGUCAUGGCUUGUCGAUCACCACAGGAGUCAUAUACAGCAUGGAUCUUACUAACCUGCUAUUCAUUAGUGGAAAAGGAAAGGUUAGAUUUCUUUAUGAUUUAUGUAGGUAUGUGAAUUGGGGUCACACCAAAAUGGAAGCAACAACUCUUACGGCAUCGGACACAGUUACUGUGCCGCCCAAGAGUAAGGUUAUAGUGAAUUGUGUCGCCACAGAGGGCACCUGCAAUGUCCCAUUUUCUUACACUCAGGAUGAUUUUAGCUCCAUCGACAACAAUUUUUCCCGUUCUGACCAUGUUGAUGGUGUCUACGAGGGAGUCAGUUAUUUCAACAUCAAGUUUGAAGUCGCAGAGACUCACGGUGUCUGA